AUCGUUUCAUAUUCGUUUUGCAUGGGGGCCCCCUUGCCAACAUCAACGGCCAUAGCACCUAAAGUAACACCCCAAACAAAUAAAUAUGAGAUGUUACAGUAAGUCCAACACAGAUACCUAGCUUUAUCCACGAGAUAGCCCCCUCGACCCUAUCAGUACCCAGGUAGGCUCAGCUACUGUACGAGUAGGUAAGAUGGCCAGGUUCAAGUUAUACGCGGCGGAACUCGAAUGUACGCGUACCGCGUCGGGCAGUACAGUAGGUACCUGACCUCUAUGCAUCCAUGCAUCCAUGCAUGUUUGAUUCUUUCUGUGUUUCGGAAUUGCGAUAAUACUGACUGUUCCCAACACGGCGACCCCGGUCACCUCGCCUCCCAAUCCAAUCCUCAUACAGACAGUACACACUGGGAGCGGCGCGGGAGGGGCGGGAGACGUAGUAUUGUAUAAAUACACGCAUGUCUCAUCCGCUCGUCUUCUCACAUACCGUUGGUCGUCGUCGAUACCUAUACAUCUGAUUUUAUUGUACGGACCCGACUUGUUCAUCCUUUUGGUUGACGGCCAAUACUAGCCGCCGGGUUGAGCAGAAGCUGAAACAAACACGCACUGACAUCCGACCACGCCGUCUUCAAGUUUCAAGUUCUUUUCGAGUUUGGUUCAAGAAUAAUUGCUCCUUGCUCUCCUGCAGCUGCACUGCAUUUGACUUCUCGGACAAACACUGCAAUCGACGGAAAUAUUCUGGUGUCGCCGACACUCGUAUCGGAACAAGAUAGAGUGAGAGCGAGAGAAACUGAGAUAUCCUUGACAAGACGCCCCAAGUCCGUCGCUCAGCUUGACUUUCCGCCGACUUCGGACCGCUGCACCACGGGCCACUCUCAUCUCACCAUGGUGGCCCGACUGGGCAACAUGUCUGCCCUCAGAGAUUUUCUUGGCUUCAUAGCCACUGUCGGCGGCGAUAUCUCUCACGUCACGGCGCCGCCAUUCAUCCUCGCCCCGCAGUCUCUGACCGAAUUCCCCUGUUACUGGGCAGAACGGCCAGCACUGUUUACCGCUCCAGCCCACGAACCUUCUCCCGAAAGACGCAUGUUGCUCGUGCUGAAACUCUACCUGGCCUCGCUGCAACGACAGUAUUACGUCGGCCGCACGGUCAAGGAGGGUCUAAAGAAACCGCUCAACCCAUUUCUGGGAGAGUUAUUCCUCUGCCAGUACACCGACCAUGACAUGACGACGGAAAAACCGUCAUCGUCGACAGUCCGAGUCAUCAGCGAACAAGUCUCUCAUCAUCCACCCACCACCGCAUGCUACCUCUCCGCUGACGAAGAUGGCGUCCAUGCACAAGCAUAUUCGACCCAACAUACCACAUUGUCUGGAACCUCCAUCCUCAUUCGUCAGUCCGGCCAUGCCGUGCUCACGGUCGACAAAUAUAAUGAGACAUAUCUCCUGCCUCUGCCUGAUGUCUGCGCGAGAGGUGUCCUUUCGGGCGUCCCUUGGCCCGAGCUCAAUGAUACGUAUAAAAUCGUGAGUUCUGCCGGAUAUACCGCUGAAAUGCGGUUUAUUGGAAAGAGGACGUGGGGUGGGGAACGAAAUCUGUUCGAAGCCUCCAUAUAUCGUACGGCGGACAACAAGAGAAAAUCUCUUUUUACCGCGUCCGGCAGUUGGAGUGCUGGCUUUACCAUUUUCGACUCUGCAGGCAACAAGAAAGAGUUCUUUGAUCUUCGGGGCCCGGAAAACCAGCCGGUGCCCAUGUCUAUCAGCCCGCUGGAGCAGCAAAGUCCUUGGGAAUCUAGACGAGCCUGGGGCCCCACAUUCGACGCGAUUCGUAAGGGUGAAUUCACCGCUGUGGGGCAUGAGAAGUCCAAGCUGGAGAAUGCCCAGCGUCACAUGAGGAAACUCCAGCACCAGGAAGGAAGGACCUGGGAGGCAAUGUUCUUCCGCCGGAGCGAGCAGGAAGAUGUUGAUCAAGUCGAGCAACUCUUGGCCAGCUUGUCAAGUGCUGAAGCGCAUCGAUUACGCGGGACGAAUGGUUGUUGGAGGUUCGACAAAGAGAAGGAGAGGAGGUGGAAGGAGGGCCGUGGUAGUUGGAGACCGAUCUCCCCAUGGGAUGAAAUCGGUAGUACCGUAUGCUCGGACGACCUAUUCAUUUUGGUCGGUCCGCUUAACACGUUCAGUAACAUAGACUUGGUCGCCGGUGCGUAAUAUAGCGCCGGACGGUCCAGCGAAAGCGUAUUGUCCAAAGACCGGCUUAUCUGUCAUAGUUAUCAGCAUAGAACGUCUUGUAGGGUGCUUUCGGCCGGCUUACGAGGAAACUUGUCAUUCACCCGCCU